AUGUUGGGAAAUCUGGAGACCAAAAUUCGCCAAGUCGACAAGCGCCUGUCGAUGCUGAAGCUGAACAGCACGAACCAUCACUCGCACGUGCUGAAGAAGUAUGAUGUUGGCUGCGGUUGUCUGAGCCCUGAAAACCUGAAAGCUGUUCAGGAGCACUUCCUGGAAGACUUCGUGCACCUCAGGAGUGUCCUUGGCCCCUCGAAGUAUGCUCCAAAAGAGGCCUUGGAGUCCAAUUUUGUGGUCAAGGAGUCGAAGUGUUCAGCCUUCCUGCGCAACGGCAAACAGCUGUGGCCGCCACUGAAGAAGUGA